UGGCCCUUCCUCUUCUUCUCUUCCUCCUGGACUCUCAGCCGGCGGCGGCAGAGAGGGAUUUUGAACCCGGCUGCAAAUGCGACGAGCAGGGCUGCAAGGUGAAAGAGAAGCCGCUCAAACCGCUGGGAAGUAGCGGAGAGGACUCGGUGCAAAAUCUAGAAAAAGAAAACAGCCCAAGAAAUACUUGUGGUGUUGGUGUCUGCAUACACCGGGCGGCUCAGGGUUCAAUUUAAGCAGAGAAAAGUCAACUUUUCACCGGGUCCAUCCGAGCGGCGGUCAUGGCUUCGCAGCGGACACUCCGGGCAGGCCGGGCAGCGCUGCUCCUGGCGGGACUGGUCCUGGCUCCCCUGUGGCCGCCCUGCGUCGCCAGUUGUCCGGAGAAAAACCUGGAGGACCGGGAGGAGGAAGCCAACGUGGUCCUGACCGGAACCGUGGACGAAAUAUUCAACAUGGACCCUGUGCAUAAGACCUAUUACUGCAAGGUCAGAGUGUGGCGCUACUUAAAAGGAAAGUCCAGCAUCAACCGAGUGAUCCUGCUGGAUGGAGGCAACAAGGUGACGAUCGGCGGGUUUGGCAAUCCUCGGAUCUGUGACAACCAGGUGGCCACAGGCGACACCCGCAUAUUUUUUCUCAACCUCGCCCCGGAGUCAGUGGGGCCGGACCACAAGAACGAACUGAUGCUAAACUCUAGCCUGAUGAGGAUUACUCUUCGCAACCUGGAGGAAGUGGAACACUGCGUUGAAGCUCACAAAUACAUCAUCGCAGACAAACCGUCUCACUUCACUCCGGCCCAGCCUCCUGAUGGCUGCAGAGGAAUGCUGUGUGGCUUUGGGGCGGUGUGCGAGAGGAACUCCACCGACCCAUCCAAGGGCGAGUGUGUUUGCAAGAAACUCGACUGUCCAUCCUUGGUGGCUCCUGUUUGCGGCUCYGACACCUCCACUUACUCCAACGAGUGUGAGCUGGAGAAGGCUCAGUGCAAUACACAGCGCCGGAUCAAGGUGCAGCGAAAGGGACCCUGCUCUCUGAAGAAUCCCUGCGCCGAGGUGACCUGCAGCUACGGCAGCACCUGCGUCCAGUCAUCGGACGGCCUGUCAGCUAAAUGCAUGUGCCCCCUCAGCUGCAAUGACAAGCCCAAUCAGAUGGUGUGCGGCAGCAACGGGAAGGACUACCGUAACGAGUGUGAGCUCCACCAGCAAGCCUGCAAGAACCAGAAGAACAUCCGGGUCCAAUUCCACGGACCCUGCGACCCGUGUAAAGACAGCGAGAACAGCCUGAACACCAUCUGCCGAGUCCAGGCCGUCACACGCCAGCCGCAGCUCUACAAACCACCAGAGUCAUGCAGACUAGAACCCGAGCCUCUGUGCGCCAGCGAUGGCCACACCUACCCCAGCGAGUGCGCCAUGAUGGCCACCGGCGUGCAGAAGGGCAUCAGCCUCAGGAAGAUCCACGCCGGAGCAUGCGGAAAGUUGGAGGUGUGCAGAGAAGACUGCCAGUUCAACGCCGUGUGUGUGGUGGAGCAGAGCGGCGCCCGCUGCUCCUGUGAUCCCAUCGAGUGUGAUGACACCUACAAGCCGCUGUGCAGCAUGGACGGGAGAACUUUCCCCAACAACUGCUUGCGCCGCAAGGCUGAGUGCCUCAGCAAGAGCCUGAUCAGGACCAAGCAGCUGGGGCCCUGCGAUCUCGACGCUCCAAGCCCCUGUUUGAUGAAGACAUGCACACAUGGCGCCGUGUGUGUGGUGAAGAACGACAAGCCGGUCUGUGAGUGCACCGAGGCCUGCACCCUGAUCUCUGACCCCGUCUGCGGGUCUGACGGCCAGAGCUACCGAAGCCCCUGCGAGAUGCGAGCGAUGGGUUGCACUCUGCAGAAGGACAUCCGCAUCCAGCACAAAGGACAGUGUGAUGAAGCCUGCUCCAACUGCUCCUUCGGGGCAAUCUGUGACGCCCAGAGCGGGCGCUGCGUGUGCCCGUUGGAGUGCGUGGAGUCGCACCAGCCCAUGUGUGGCAGCGACGGCCACACCUACCAUAGCGAGUGUGAGCUGAACGUGCGGUCCUGCACGGAGCAGGUGGAGCUGCGGGUGGUCAGCCAGGGAGAGUGCAAAAUGUGCGGCAACACCGUCUGUAGCUUUGGUGCCUGGUGUGUGGAGAAAAAAUGCGAGUGCCCGCAGUGCAGUGGAGAGGCCAGUGCCCCGGUGUGUGGCAGCAACGGCAUCACCUACAGCAACGAGUGUGAGCUCAACAAGUCCGCCUGCGAGCACAAGAGGAAAAUUGAUGUGGCGAAGCACGGCAGCUGUGAGGAAGAAUGUGGCUCGGGGGCAUCUGGCUCCGGAGUGGAGAGCUGCGAACAGGAGCGCUGUACGACAUACGAUGGGAUUUGGAAUGAGGACGAAGAGGAUGAACGCUGCAUUUGCAGCUUUAACUGUGAGAGCGUGCCACUCAACGAGGUCUGUGGCUCAGAUGGGAAAACCUACCGGAACGAGUGCGAGCUAAAAAACACCAAAUGUUUGGAAAAGAGGCUCUUGUUGAUUCAGAGUCAGGGUCCCUGUGCAGAGAAUUAUGUUACGUCUCCGACGGCGCUGCAGCACUGCGGCCUCUCUCCGUAUGGCUGCUGCUCCGACAACAUCACCGCCGCUCUAGGGGUCGGACAGGCCGGAUGUCCCAGCACCUGUCAGUGUAAUGUCCACGGCUCCUACAAAGGCUCCUGCGACCCAACCAGCGGCCAGUGCUCCUGUAAGCCGGGGGUCGGCGGGCGGAAGUGCGACCGCUGUGAGCCGGGCUUCUGGAACUUCCGUGCCAUCAUCACUGAAGGCAUGAGCGGCUGCACGCCGUGCAGCUGCGAUCCCACCGGCUCGGUCCGGGAUGAUUGUGAGCAGAUGUCGGGCCUGUGUUCCUGCAAGACGGGGGUGAAAGGCUUGAAGUGCAACGUGUGUCCAGAUGGAAGCAGGAUGGGCAUGAAUGGCUGUGACCAUGGCCCUGAUGCCCCGACAUCGUGUGAAGAGCUGCUCUGCAGUUACGGCGCCACCUGCCAGGAGGAAAACGGCCAGGCCCACUGUCAGUGCCCGCCGCCCGACUGCGACUUAAGAAACAAGACAAAGGUGUGCGGCUCAGAUGGGGUGACCUACGCUGACCAGUGCCAGCUGAGGACCAUCGCCUGCAGGCAGGACAAGGACGUUACCGUGCAGCACUCUGGACAGUGCACAGAAAGCAUCUCUGACCCGGCAGACCGACCCACCCCCAACCCUCUGACCACCACCCCCAGCCCAGCCUCAGCGGCCGUCAUCACUACCACCCCUGACCCCUCCAUCUCUAACAUGGUGUAUGCCAUCCCGCCUCCAAUGACGGCCCAGCCGGCGUCCAUCGAGCUGCCCGACACCACCGCCGUCCUUUCCACCUCCACCCCCGGUCGCGUUCCAUCCAAUCGCAUCCAGCCAUCCACCGCCGCCACCUCGGGCCCCCUGGAGGGCUCGGGCAGCGGCGACCCGAGCGGUGACGAAGAAGAAGAGGAGGACGGACGGAAUGAGGAUGUUGGUAGUGGCGUCCAGUCGGAGGCCAGUGGUUCAGACGAUUCUGGCGGUUCGCCGGUGGCAGGUUCUGCUGCUGCCACUGCCGAGGAGAGGUCCUCCUGUGACAACACAGAGUUUGGCUGCUGUCCCGACGGAAAGACCCCGUCCAGCACCCCAGAGGGCGCCAACUGCCCCCCCACCAUGAAGUUCUCGGGCUUCCUGCACCUCGACCAGGUCGAUGACCAGGAGAUUUUCUACACCCCUGAGAUGGAGGACCCCAAGUCUGAGCUGUUUGGAGAGACAGCCCGCAGCAUAGAGAGCGCCCUCAAUGAGAUGUUCAGGAAGUCACAGGUGCACAAGGACUUCAUGGGAGUUCGAGUACGUCAACUGGCUCCAAGCGGCUCCAUUAUGGCAUUCGUCGAGGCCCAUUUCCGACCUGAUACAAGAUACAAUGUGGAGGACAUCGAGGGAGCGCUGCUGAAACAGCUGAAAGCUUCCAAAGACACCAGCAUCUCUGUAAAGAAGCCAACGGCAGAAAAUAUUCGCUUCACUAAUUAUGCCAUCAGGUACUUCAUCCCAUCAUUUGGUGGCCAGUCUUUCCUGGCCUUCCCGACGAUGAGCGCUUACCACACGGUCCGCAUCGCUAUGGAGUUCCGAGCGUCCGAGAUGAACGGCCUGCUGCUCUACAACGGCCAAAUGAAGAAGAAAGACUUCAUCUCUNUGUUAACCAUCAGGUACUUCAUCCCAUCAUUUGGUGGCCAGUCUUUCCUGGCCUUCCCGACGAUGAGCGCUUACCACACGGUCCGCAUCGCUAUGGAGUUCCGAGCGUCCGAGAUGAACGGCCUGCUGCUCUACAACGGCCAAAUGAAGAAGAAAGACUUCAUCUCUCUGGCUCUGGUCAACAGCAGGGUGGAGCUCAAGUUCAACACUGGCUCAGGAACAGGCACCGUGAUCAGCSAAGUCCAGAUCAGCCAGGGCCGUUGGCACCAGCUGGUGGUGACACGCAGCCGACGGAUCGGCAUGCUCAGCGUGGACGGCGAGCCGCAUGUCCAAGGCGAAAGUCCCCAUGGGACAGACGGCCUCAACCUGGACACCCCGCURUUCAUCGGAGGGGUGACGGAUGAYCUCAAGCAAGACGUCAGGGAGCGGACCAGGGUCACUGCAGGGCUGGUGGGCUGUAUCCGCAUGCUGGAUGUCAACAACCGCCUGCUCAACAUCCAGGAGGCCAAUGGAGACAGCCUGUUUGGCGUGGGUGUGGGCGAAUGUGGGAACAACCCCUGCCAGCCGAACCCCUGCAAGAAYGGAGCUGAAUGCCAGGUGAAGGAGGCUGAGAUGUUCCACUGCAAGUGCAGCAAUGCAUUCUGGGGUCCAACUUGUGCUGACCUCCAGGACCCCUGCAAACACAGCAAGUGCCACGGGACAUCGCAGUGCAAGGCGCUGCCUGAAGGGGGCUAUAAAUGCGAGUGUCCCAUGGGGCGAGAGGGGAAGCACUGUGAGAGAGUGGCUGAGCGGAGAGGCGUUUACAUGCCUCUUUUCAGCGGCGACUCGUACCUGGAGCUCAAGGGGCUUCAUCUCUACGGGCAUGAUCUACGUCAAAAAUUCAGCAUGAUGCUGGUUCUCAUGGCCAAUGACUCCAACGGUCUGAUCUUCUACAACGGACAGAAGUCUGAUGGAAAGGGAGACUUCGUCUCUCUGUCCCUGAGCAAUGGCUACUUAGAGUUUCGCUACGAUCUGGGAAAGGGACCGGCUAUUAUCAGGAGUAGGGACCAGAUGCAGCUGAAGGUGUGGAACACCAUCAAGCUGGAGCGCUCCCUCCGUAAAGGCGAGAUCCGGUUGAACGAAAAAGCAACUUCAGGAGAGUCACCAAAAUCACGAAAGAAGCCGUACGUGCCACAAAGCGGUGGAGAGAAGAUGGUCUUGAAGAGCAUGAACAAGCACACAGAUCUCAACCUGAAAGAGUCGCUGUUCAUUGGCGGCGCUCCCGAUUACAGCAAACUAGCAAGAGUUGCUGCACUCACAGAGGGAUUCAAGGGAACCAUCCAGAAGGUCAUGCUGAUGAGCACACCCAUCCUGCGGGAGGAGAACGCCCUGAACUCCAGCAACGUGGCCAUGUUCCACGGCCACCCGUGUUUCCAGGAGCCCUGCCAGAACGGCGGCCGCUGCCACCCUGAGCUGGACGGCUACGACUGCUCCUGUCCCAGCGGCUUCUCAGGGGACAUGUGUCAGAACGCUAUCCACGAGAAGUCGGCCGGAGAGACGGAGGCCAUCGCCUUUGACGGACGGACCUUCAUCGAGUACCACAAUGCCGUGACGAGAAGCCAACUGACCAAUGAGAUCCCAGAUCCCGAAUCUCUGGAGAACCCGUCAGAUCAGAGUGAAAAGGCUCUGCUGGUCAACAAGUUUGAGCUGAGUGUGCGGACCGAGGCCACGCAGGGUCUGCUGCUGUGGAGCGGGAAGGGCGUGGAGCGCUCCGACUACAUUGCGCUGGCCAUUGUGGAUGGCCGGGUCCAGAUGACCUAUGACCUGGGCUCCAAGGCCGUGGUGCUGAGCUCAUCGGUGCGUGUCGACACCAACCGCUGGAUACGCAUCAAAGCCAGCAGAUCUAAUCCCACAUCCUGCCAGGAUCGCUGCAUGAGUUUUACACCAGAUCAGUUUACUAAUGACACAAUUCUGAUGUUUACUCUGAGGAUUCCUCAGCGUGUUCUGGUCAGUGUGUGUUGCUGCUGUGUGUUCAUGUCCCUCCGUUCCUCCUCAGGCGGCCUGGAGGUGCUGGCCGUGGCGCGCCGGCUGCCCAAGGCCUACAGCACCGGCUUCGUUGGCUGCAUCAAGGACGUGGUGGUGGACGGGGUGGACGUCCACCUGGUGGAGGACGCCUUGAACAGCCCCAAAAUACUUCACUGCUCCGCCGCCAAAUAACCAGGAAGAGAACGAGCACUGCGAGACCGGAGUAAA